AUGACCGACCUUGCGCAGAAGGCAGGUGCACUUCUAGGUGCAUUCUCCGGCUCAGGCUUGUUGAUUUUGAGUUCGACUCAGAUGCAUUUGACCAUCAGGGCCCCCGGGGAUCUACACUAUCAAGUUGAAAGUGACCAGACCUUUCUCUCCAAAGAACGCGACCUCAGCCACAAGAACAAUAUCCUGCCCUCACCAAUAACCGUCCGACAGGAGGAUGAUGUUGAUGAGAUACUGAAGAAUUUCUUCGAAGACAGCGACACUACAUCCGACGACGACUCGCCAGGACAAUCAUCACAUUCCGGCGUGGAUACACCGGAUACUAUCUACUCUCUCCAUACAGAUCAAACCCUUACCACAGAAUCUCCACCUACAUUGGCGAAUCAAAAAUCCUCUCGCCCAUGGAAUUGUCGAGUUCAAGAGAGUCAGCAUGCUUUCACCCUCUACACGUCUUCGAGUACUUCUCAUCGCAAAUACAAAGGCCCGAGCAGCCUUCAAGCUUUCUCAGAGUGGCUUCAACUGAACACUGAUGGUCUCAAUCUUGACUUCUCGGAGCAAUUCCGCCACGGCACUUCUCAUUGCGAGGAGAUGGACAUGCCACCGACCUUGAGUAUGCCGGCUCUCUGUGUUGAUUGGCAUAUCUACACAGAUGCCUAUUUCCAGGAGAUCGCCCCAUUCUUUCCUGUGAUCGGAAGGGAGCAAAUCGUCAGAGCUGCGACAUAUCUUAGCAGAUACGACCACUUGGAAGAAAGACCGACCGGUGAUCGACCAGCCAUGGCGUGCGUGUAUGCCUGCAUUGCUCUCGGUGCGCGUACGAAAGGUCACAUUGGCAUCGCUCAAGCGUACAUUGAGGGCGCUUGUUCACUCGUGGGUCACCUGGUCAGCUUGCCUUACAUGGAGUCCGCGCAAGCUCUUCUGCUAAUCUCCUUGGAGCAUCGUGGACGGAGCAAAAGUGGAGCUGCUUCUAUGGCUCUUGGACAAGCCCUUCGCAUCUUCAGUUCUAUGGGCUUACACCAGAAGCUCUUUGGCUGCGACGACUACCUAUCUCCAGCACGUCAAAGGUCGGAUCAGAGGACAUGGUUGACAGCAUGUGCGCUGGAGCAGAACCUAGCAUUCGAGAGCGGUCGCCCAUCAAGUGUACGAAGCUGUCAAUUUGACAGGAACAUCCUUAAUGCAGCCUCAGAUGUUCCAGCAGAUUUCUUGAAACCUCUAGUGAAUCUUGCGCACAUCCAGAGUCACAUCACGGAAACAUUGUUCGACCAAAGUAUUUGCGCAACACCACCCGACUUGGACGGUAUAUUGACGAUCCAAAACAAACUUGAUGAGUCUCUGACCAGAUGGUCGGACAACCUGCCCGAGCCUUGGAGGCCUCGUCGUGGCCUUCUCCGUUGUCCACCUGCUUUGCUUGCCUUCAGAACCUCUCUGACUUUUCAUUUCCACCAUGCACUCAUCACAUUACACCGCACAGCCUUGAUUGAUGGCCUUUCAGCUGAUACUCCAAGUGUCAGAGCAAACAGGAGUCAUGGUCGCCAACUGGAGAAGAGUGAAGGGAUCUGCGCGAAAUCAGCCAGAGAUAUCCUGACUACCUAUUUGCAAUACAUCGAGCAAGGUCAUUCCUCGCCUUUUGUCACCUUGAACCAGCCGCUCCUAGCAGUAUACGUUCUGACUGUCUACAAUCUGAGACACCGAAGCGCUUGGUCUGCACAUACAGAUCUUGCUUUGCUAGGUUCAAGUGCCAAAGCAAUCAGAGACGGAUAUCAAGAGCACGGUAUGCCUCCUGGCUUCUGUGACAUGCUCGCUACACUGGAGCGACGUGUAAUUCGCGGCGCGCAACCAGAAGAUGGGCCAAUGACUAGCAUAGAUUCGCAACCGGGAGAGACACCAUGGGAGUCGCCUACAACAGAUGAAUCUGCAAGCGUUUUCGGUUCUGAAUUCGGUCCACUAGAUGUUGAUGUUUUGUUGGAAACACAACUUCUGGCAAGCUUGCAGAGUCAAGAAAUGGCGUUCGAGUCACCUCCGCUCAACACCAUUCCCGGAAUCGAAGAUCAGGAUCUACGUGAGUGGCUGGAUAGUCCACGGCUCUCAGAUGAGGAGAUCUUGAGUUACCGCUUGUAG